AUGGGUUCCACCGUCCCAAGUCUGAAUGAUGAUAUUGCCAUUAUCGGCAUGGCUUGUCGCUUCCCAGGCGACGCCACCAGUCCCUCCAAACUAUGGGACCUGUUAAUGGAUGGCAAAUCUGCCUGGUCCGAGGUACCGGCAACGAGAUGGAAUCAAGAUGCACACUAUCACCCAUCCCAAGAGCACGCGGGGAGCAACGUUGUCAAGGGUGGGCAUUUCUUGCGAGAUGGGGAGCAGAACGGCAAGCAGUUCGACGCGGCAUUCUUCAACAUUCCUCGUACAGAGACGGAAACGAUGGAUCUACAGCAGAGGGUAGUUAUGGAAAACGUCUACGAGGCAAUGGAGAGCGCAGGACUCCGCCUCGAGGAUAUGAAAGGUAGCAAGACAAGCGUGUUUGCGGGCAUCUUUACCGACGAUGUUCGCUCCAUCCUGCAAGAAGAUCCAGAUUUGUCUGUCAAGUACAAGCCGAUCGGUACCAGUGCGGCAAUCCUCGCGGCGAGAGUAAGCUGGUUUUACGACCUGCGAGGGAGCAGCUUUACUCUCGACACUGCAUGCUCGGGAAGUAUUGUUGCGUUGCACACAGGAGCCCAAGACCUUCGAGCCGGACUCAGUGAUAUGUCCAUCAUCACCGGUGUCAACAUAAUCGAGUCACCUGAAUUCAUGUUCCGCGCCAGUGGUCUCGGUAUGGUAUCUCCCGAUGGCAAAUGCUAUUCGCUAGACUCGCGCGCCAAUGGCUACGGCCGUGGUGAAGGAGUGGGAACCAUAAUCCUCAAACCCGUGUGGGCCGCCAUCCGUGAUGGUAAUGUGAUCCGCGCCGUGUUGAGAGGCACAGGUGUCAACUCGGAUGGACGCGGCACAGGCGGUAUUACACUGCCUAACAAGGCGGCUCAGGAAUGUCUCAUACGAGAUGUCUACUCCCGCAAUAACCUCGACACAGAUCACACCGGCUUCAUAGAGGGACACUUUACGGGCACACCUGCGGGAGAUCCAACUGAAGCCGGCGCCAUUGCCUCUGUUUUCCAACGUGGCGGUCUCGGUGGAUCAGGGGCAGCAGCUAAGCCUCCUUUGUACGUGGGCGCUGUCAAGACCAACAUUGGUCAUUUGGAGGCGGCUUCCGGAAUGGCCCAGGUUAUCAAGACGGUCUUGGCGUUGGAGAAUGGUGUCAUACCACCCAACACCAACUUUGAGAAGAUCAACCCCAGGAUACCUGUUGAAAGAUGGGGUCUCAAGCUACCUCUGGUUCCAACACCAUUUGAACCGGGACCAUUGGGGAUUCGGCGAGCCAGUAUCAACAGUUUCGGGUUUGGAGGCACCAACGCUCACGUUGUGUUGGACGAUGCGAAGAGUUACCUGCACAAUUUGGGAUUGGGUAACAGGGGCCACCUACACGUCACAAAAUCAAGCAAACGAGUACUUGAAAGUCCCAAUGGCCAUAGCACCAAGACCUCAUCUCACAAGGUCUUUUUGGUCUCUGCUAAUGAUCAAGACGGCAUCUCACGAAUCCUCGCCAGCUUGGCAGAACACUUGCAAAAGCAAGCAGGCGAGGAUGGAACUCUCGAAAAAGACGACGCAUACCUCACCAGUCUCGCCAUGACGCUCUCGGAACGUCGCUCACGCCUGUCUUGGCGUCUCGCCAUCACCGCCGAUUCGGCCACAUCCCUGCUGGCCGCGCUCACCGAUUCCACCACCACCACCAACGCUGUCCGCCCCGGUAAAGCCACAAAGCCUGCCGCCGCCUUUAUCUUCACCGGUCAAGGCGCGCAGUGGUUCGCCAUGGGAAGAGAGCUGCUCGCGUAUGACGUCUUUCACGCCAGCGUCGCCGAGGCAGACAAGUUCAUCGCCGAAACGCUGGGUGGCGGCUUCAGCGUGCUGGAAGAGCUCACGCAGCGCGAGUCGCAUACCACAAAUAUCGACCAGCCUUUGUACUCGCAGACUUUGUGCACCGUGCUACAGGUGGCUUUGGUCGAUCUCCUGGCCAGCUGGAACCUCGCACCCAAGCGGGUGGUUGGACACUCGAGCGGUGAGAUUGGCGCGGCUUAUGCGGCGGGUGCUCUGGAUCGCAAGUCGGCGUGGAAGGUCGCAUACUACCGUGGUGUUGUCAGUGCAAAGCCAGCAGCCGACAAUACGCGCGGCGCCAUGAUGGCCAUCGGAUGCACCGUCGAUAAGGUGGCUCCGCUCAUUGCUGAGGUCAAUGACACGCUCGGCUCUGGAGAGCUGGUUAUUGCCUGCUACAACUCUCCCCACAGUCUCACCAUCUCAGGAGACGAGGCCAAGGUUGACGCGCUGGUCGAGAUCGCAAGCAGCAAGAAGCUCUUUGCCCGGAAACUGCGCGUCCCCAAGGCGUACCACUCGAACCAUAUGCUACCUGUAUCUGACGACUACCGCUCGCUGAUGGGUACUCUCAGUGGUACUCCGUCGUCCGAUGUACAGGUAGCUUCAUCGGUCACCGGUGGUAUGAUUGCUACGAGCGACAUGACAAACCCGGCCUAUUGGGUACAGAACCUCGUAUCUCCUGUUCGGUUCUCCCAGGCGCUCGUCGCUCUGUGCACCUCCAACGUCGCCAAAAAGCAGCUCAAGGUGGGCGGCGGCGCCGAGCUUCCCGUCUCGCAUCUCGUCGAGGUCGGCCCGCACGGCGCGUUGCAGGCAGCUGCACGAGAUGCCGUGCUCAACGACCCCAACUACAGGAACCUCCGUUACGUUUCGGUUUUGACCCGCGGGAAGCACGCCUGCGCCACUACACUACACGCAGUUGGCACGCUGGCUGCGGCGGGCCUGCCGAUCGACCUGCCAAAGGUCAACAACGUCGGUGAGAACCAGCCCAUGCUGGUGGACUUGCCGCCGUACCCGUUCCACCAUUCCAAGGAGACGUAUUCGUGGCUCGAGUCCCGCACCAGCCGGGCAUGGCGAUUCCGCAAACAUCCCCGCCACGACGUCCUCGGCGCUCCGGUCCGCGAUUGGGAUCCAGACGCCCCUCGCUGGCGCAACCACCUGUGCGUGUCCGAGGUUCCGUGGCUGCGGGACCACAAGGUCACGGAUAGUAUCGUGGUCGCUGGUGUGACGUACCUGGUGAUGGCCAUCGAGGCCGUGCGUCAGUUGUACAGCGACAAGGGAGAGGUGCCGCUGGGUUUCAACCUCCGCGAUGUGAGCAUCUCGAGAGCGCUGCAGGUCAGCGAGGAUGAGCAUACCGAGACCAUGUUCUGCAUGAAGCGGGUUACCGAGUCGCGGCAGUCUGAUAGCAGUUUGUGGUGGGAGUGGAAGGUCAAGUCGUUCAGUCCCCAUGACGAGACAUGGUUGGAGCACAGUCGUGGACAGAUCGCUGCCGAGACGCAGGCCUCUACCGCCACGGGGGUGAUCGAUGAUGGGCGUGAAGAAAAGGCACGUCGCCAGCACUUCAGCGAGCUUCUAUCAACCGCCACACACACUUGCACCGCGCCGCAGACCGAGGUUCUCCCCAGCAAGUAUGCCGAGCUCGAGCGUAUUGGUCUCGGCUUCGGACCUUUGUUCCGCAACGUCGCCAGCAUGCACAACAACUCCAACGGCGACAACAAGACCCGCGGCCAGUCGCUCACCACCAUCCGCAUCCCUGAUAUUGCCAGAGCGAUGCCGGCACAUGCACUCGCCCCUUCGGUCAUCCAUCCUCCUGUUUUCGACAGCAUCUUGCAAUCAUUCAUCUUUGCCCUGCAGGCCUCGGCUGAGCGUCUGACGGAGCCCAUGGUGCCAGUCGCCAUGCGUAGCGUGUGGGUGAGCGCCGACAUUGAAGCCCAGCCUGGCGCGGAGCUCAAGGUGCAUGCCUCGGCCGGUCGCAUAGGUCACAAGAAGGUUGAAGCAGACAUAACAGCCUGGAGCACCGACGCCGGGGCCGAGACGCCAGUGAGGGUUGUGAUGCGUGGGAUCGAGGCCGUCCCCCUGCAGCAAAGCACCGCGUCGAGCGACUCUGGCAGCAACGACCGUGAAAUCUCCUUCAACUUGGAAUGGAAGCCGGAUAUCGACAUCCUCGAGGCGAACGGAGAGGCCGAAGCCUGCAUCCGCCGUGCUCUACAGCCACUGGAGACGCCAAAACUUGAAGAGGCCGCCGUGAAGCAGCUCGGCGACGUGCAGUUGGCAUGCGCAAUUUGGAUCAUCGAGGCCGACAAAGAACUCGAGGCUCGACCGCUCGCAGACGAAAAGGCGCUACCGGAUCAUUUGCAAAAGUAUCUCAGCUGGCUGCGCCUAAUCGCCAACCACUACAAGAACAACAAGGUUCUCCGUCAGGAUCCCUCGUGGUCGACCGUCAUGGAAGACGCUGCGGCUCGCGACAGGUUUAUUGCCGAGUAUGAGGCCACAGAGCAUCCCGAAGCUCUGAUGAUCUGCAGAAUGGGACGCAACAUUGUACCCAUCCUCCGCGGCGACGUGGAUGGCCUACACUUGCUGUUCGGCAUGGAUGAUAUGCUCGAGCGCGUCUAUCGUGUUGCUAUAGGAACACAAAAGAUCCAUACGCUGAUGGGAGCAUAUGCAAGGGCUUUCAGUCACAAGCGCGGCGCAGACCUCAAGGUGCUAGAGAUUGGUGCUGGCACUGGUGGAACUACCACUAGCAUCCUCGAGGCUGUCUGUCCGAGUGGUACACGCAUCGUUGGAGAAUCCCGCUUGCUCAAGUAUACGUACACAGACAUCAGCCCUGGAUUUUUCGAAACUGCUGCCACCAAGUUUGCCAAGUGGAAGGCUGGUGGUGUUAUCGAGUUCAGGACGUUGGAUAUUGAUAGAGACGUCGAGGAGCAGGGCUUCGACUUGGCCUCGUACGACCUGAUUAUCGCAGCCAACUGUCUCCAUGCCACAUCGGAUAUUACCAAGACCAUGUCCCGCGUUAAUAGUCUCUUGAAACCCAACGGCAGAGUCCUUCUCCAAGAGACAACCGAGAUCUGGUGUCUCGAGUCUCCCUUAGUCUUUGGUAUGCUUGCAGGCUGGUGGGCUGGCAAGGAGGACUUCCGCCCCUGGGGUCCGCUGUUGGACGGGAAAGGAUGGGAGCAGGUCUUGCGCAAUGCUGGAUUUUCUGAGAAUGUCCUGGAAAUCAAAGACUCACCUAAGGAGGAGCUUCACGUACAGAGCAUGAUUGUAGCGACGCGACCUGCCGAGGACGAAGCGAGCAAGCAGCAGCUGGACGAAGACGAUGUAAUCCGCCGAGUCUUUGUGAUUGCGCAUACGAAACCCGAGGACAUGGCCUUGGCUGCGGCUGUGUCUUCUGCAUUGUCAGAGGUGACAAAACUGGACGUUAACGUUGUUCCUUUCACCGAUCUGGCCCAGCACCAGCUCAAAAAUACCUGCUGCAUUGUUACCAUCGAGACUACCACUCCCUUCCUUGCUUCAUCUUUCAGCGAGUCCGAAUUCGCCCUCCUCCGCCAGCUGUUGACUACUGCUGGAGGACUUCUGUGGCUUACGCUUGAUCCCCACGAGAACCCACACAUGGCUCUGAUACCAGGACUUUUGCGAACCGUCCGCUGGGAGAGAGAUUUGGACGGCUCGGACUUGCUACUGAUGCACCUCCCCUCCUCCGAGACCUCGCUUGUCGUUUCCAACGUCCUCAAGGUCUUCAAGCACCAUUUCGGUGGACCUUUCAUAUCGCCCGAUCGCCAUGCUGACUACCUCGUCAGCCCGGUGGAUUCCGGUCCCGAUGGUGGCUACGUGCAAACCGCCCGGAUCAUCGCUGCUCCUCCAGUAAACAAGUUCAUUGCACAAAGGACAACGGUCCCCCAACCUCAACUGCAGGCCUUUGGUGCUGACCCCGAGCGUAGCCUGAAGCUCCACACCUCUGGGCCGGGAAACCUAGACAAGCUGCAUUUCAUCGAUUGGCCGGGCGCUCAGCAGGCCCUUGGAAGCAAAGAGGUCCAGGUAGACAUCAAAGCGGCCGGUCUCAACUUCCGCGACGUCAUGGUUGCCAUGGGCGAGCUGGCAAACAACAUCCUCGGAUACGAGGGUGCCGGCGUCGUUAGUCAUGUCGGCUCAGAGGUGGCGGACGUCAAGGUCGGUGACCGUGUCAUCGUUGUGUGGAAUGGCGACAACAACUGCCUCCAGACACGUACGAGGGUGCCUCGAGAACUCCUGGCAAAGAUCCCUGAUAGCAUGUCGUUUGAAGAGGCAGCCAGUAUCCCCGUCGUGUUCGUGACGGCCUACUUUUGUCUGUACGAGGUGGCACGUCUCAAGGCCGGCGAGACCAUCCUCGUCCACGCGGCAGCAGGUGGUACAGGUCAAGCUGUGAUACAACUGGCCAAACAUUUGGGCGCCGAAGUCUACGCAACAGUGUCAUCACGCGAGAAGAGAAAGCUAUUGAUAGAUGAGUACGGUCUUGCCGAGGAUCACAUCUUUAGCAGUCGUGAUUUGUCCUUUGCAGACGGCAUCAUGCGUAUGACCGAGGGCAGGGGUGUUGAUGUCAUCGUCAACUCCCUCUCGGGUGAAGCUCUACGGGCAUCCUUCAACUGUAUAGCCAUGUUUGGGCGCUUCAUUGAAAUUGGUAAACGCGACAUCAUGGCCAACAGCAAGAUCGACAUGCUCCCCUUUGGCAGAUGCGCCACCUUUACCGCCGUCGACCUCGCUCAGAUAGCCACACUGGCGCGUCCGUUGACCUCUCGCAUGAUGCGCUCCGUCAUCGACCUUCACGCCAGCGGAAAACUACACGCCUGCAGGCCACUCAACAUCUACAGCUUUGGCGAGAUCGAAGACGCCUUCCGCCUCGUGCAGCAAGGCAAACACAUGGGUAAGGUCGUCCUCGCCGCGCACCCCGAGGACGUGGUCAAGGUCAUCCCCAAACCCCCCGCCCCAACCCGCCUGAGGCCCGACGCAACCUACCUGCUUCCCGGCGGCGCCGGUGGACUCGGGCGAUCAAUCGCCAAAUGGAUGGCCGGGCCGGCGCAGGGCGCCAAGAACCUCGUGUUCAUGUCUCGCGGUGGCGCCGACGCCCGCACGACUCGCGAGCUGCUCUCGGAGCUUGCAAGGAUGGGGGUGCGGGCGACGGCGAUCAAAUGCAACGUCAGCGACGAGUCGCAGCUGGUGGAGGCGCUGGGCGAGCUGAGGCGGCAGGGCUUCCCCCGCAUCGCAGGGUGCGUCCAGGGCGCGAUGCAGCUGCGCGACUCGGCGUUCGAGUUCAUGUCGCACGCGCAGUGGGAGGAGUGCCUCGGCCCCAAGGUGCAGGGGACGUGGAACCUUCACAGGCACCUCCCGGCCGACCUGGACUUUUUCGUCAUGCUGGGCAGCAUGGCAGGUCUGGUCGGCAACAGGGGUCAGUCCAACUACGCCGCGGGGAACACGUUCCAGGAUGCCCUGGCCAUCCACCGGCGAGCCCGAGGGCUGGCGGCCACUUGCAUUGAUCUGUGCAACGUCAUGAGCGUGGGAUUCGUCGCCGAGAACCAAGAGACGCUGAACAAGAAUCCUCUGUUCUUUUAUGCGCACGACGGGAUUCGCGAGGAUGAAUUCCUCAGCCUGGUCGAAUUCCACCUCGACGCUGACCGCGCGAGUCGUUGGGGACAGCCGCAGAUCAGCGUAGGCCUGGCGCCGCUGUCUGUGUUCAAGGAGCGCGGCUUACCCGAACCUACCUUCAUCAAGUCUCCGCUGUUUAGACAGAUGCGGUCGGCAAGCGGAGCGUCGGGCGCCGUGGUGAACGCGGCAGAUCAAAACGGUGCCGUGUCCGUCACCAACGCUCUCAAGUUUGCCGAGAGCCAAGAGGCGGCGGCGCACAUCAUAUGUGAUGCGCUGGUCAAGAGGAUCAGUCGAACGAUGCGGAUUGCAGAGCCCGACAUUGACAUUGGCAAGCCCAUCCACGUUUAUGGUGUGGACUCGCUCGUGGCAAUGGAAAUUAGAAACUAUCUGGCCAGCGAAUGCGGGUCGGCCAUCUCUGUCUUGGAGAUUAUGGGUAAUAAGAGUAUGGAGGUUUUGAGUGGGGAAAUUGCUAAAGGAAGCAAGUUUGUGAGGAGUGCUGAAGAUAAAUAA